AUGACAGCGACAAACAUCAUAUUCCUGGACAUCCCAACUGUCCUCCCAGUGCCUUUCUCACCAAACACAUGGAAAGUCAGACUCGCAUUGAACUACAAGAAACUCACCUAUGUCACAAGAUGGGUCGAGACGACUGACAUCGCAUCUGUGUGCAAAUCGCUGGGAAUACCGCCUACGAGCACAUCACCAGAUGGAACACCAAAAUACACACUCCCCGCGUUAAUAGAUCACACCACAUCCCCUCCUGCCCUUCUCUCGGACUCAACGCCUAUAAUCGAGUACUUAGAGCGCACAUACCCAGAUCCCGAUCCCUCCCUCGCACUCUGCGCACCUGCAAGUCGCGCCCUCCACGCCCUCUUCGAAUACCACGUCGCACACUCCAUAACAGCACUGUUACUACCCGUCAUGGUCAUGCACAUGCACGACAGGAAGACCCCACGAGAUCGCAUCCAUUUCCGUAAACGUACCGAAGCGGCAUUUGGGAAGAAACUCGAGGAUAUAGAACUCAGGGGCAAGGAGCGCGAGGAACACUGGAAGAAGAUCGAAGGCGCGUUUGACCUCCUUGCAAUGUUUAUGCAGGCAGGGGGCACUGCAGGAGAAUUAUUCACGGGAUCGAAUCUAUCUCUGGCGGAUUGUACACUUGGAGGUCUUUUGUUAGCUUUCCGCUACAUAAGCCCGGACGAAGCCUGGAUUAAGGUUUCGGUUUGGAACGAUGGGAAAUGGAUGCGUUACGUAGCCGCCUUGGAGGAAUGGACUGGCUGUAGUAUAAAUAGCUUAUCGAUCGAUGGCAAACGUUUCUUACAAGGCUCCGACCUUUCCAUUAUAGGUCUGCUACAGCGAUUCAGCAACUAUACGAGCUCAAAUAGGAAGAGUGAGGGAUAG